GUGAAAACCUUGUCACUUACGUAGUUACGUUCUGUCAUUACCAAACAAAACCAAAAGUCUCAAGUCAAUGCCAAGAACAUCCCUUCAUAAAUGAACCUCCAAAUCUCAUAAUCUUCUGAACUCCUCCAUCUCUUUACUACUACCCCCAUAUGGCUAACCAUUUCUUCUUACUUGUUCUAUGUCUUUCUCUUUUAUCAGUAUCAGCCGACGUGUUUGUAAGCAUUGAUUGCGGAGCAUCUGGUUUUUACACCGACGAAAACUCAAUAGCAUGGAUGGGAGACUCAACCAUCAUGCAAAAUGGAGUUUCUCAAGUGGUGCAAUCCAACAACUCAAUAUCUCAUGUCAUGGACACACUCAGAGUGUUCACCACCAGGAAAAAGAACUGUUACUCUGUACAAGCCGAUAAGGGCGGGCAAGUGCUGAUCCGGGCAAGCUUUUUCUAUGGAAACUACGACGGAAAAUCGUCACCUCCGACCUUCAAUCUUCAGUUCGAUGGGAACGAUUGGGCCUCGGUCGAGACUUCGAGCACUGAAGUUUCGAGUUAUGAGGUGGUGUAUGUUGUGAAAGGGGAUGUUUUGAGCGUUUGUGUUGCUCAAACAAAGGCUGGUCAGCUACCAUUUAUUUCUGCGCUUGAAGUACGUAGCUUGGGCUCCAAUAUGUAUAGCGGUGUUGACUCGAACUACGCCUUGUUUUUGAGGCUUAGGCUUGCUUAUGGUGCAAAUGCUACUAUCAGGUAUGUGGAUGACAUUUAUGACCGAAUUUGGGUUCCAGGAGUGGCUGGUAAUGGAUUAAUCCAGGUCACAAGUGAUGCAAUGUUUAUUAAUGUUAAUGUAGAAGAUAGCCCUCCACAACAAGUACUACAAAACGCCAUCACCACAUCAAACACAUCUGAGUAUAUCGUCUUGGGCGCCGGAUCACCUCCGGUUGCAGUUCCGGCCUACCUGAAUAUGUACUUUUCGGAGGUGACUCAACUCGACCAGACUCAAAAGAGAUCCUUUAAGGUUUUCAAAGGCAACGAGUCUUUCUCAGACCCUAUUAUACCACCUUAUGGAAACGUAUCCGAAAUGUCUGCUAGUAACUUCACUGUCACAGCAAACACUACAUUUUUCUUGGUGCCUACUCCUGAUUCGACACUUCCUCCUCUCAUCAACGCCAUUGAAUUAUUUUACAUUAGCGGCGUAUUAACCAAUGGGACUAAUAGCAAAGAUGUUGAAGGCUUAGUAGCACUGCAAAACCUGUUUGUUGUGUUACAAGAUUGGGGUGGUGACCCUUGCCUUCCUGCACCCUAUUCCUGGGACUGGAUCAAUUGUAGCACCGAUGCCACGCCCCGUGUUACCGCGAUGUAUCUUAGUGGCUUCGGUUUGUCCGGGGCGCUUCCGGAUUUGAGCUCCAUGGAUGCUCUUGAGAUAUUAGAUUUGCAUAAUAACAGUUUAGAUGGACCUAUUCCUGAUUUUCUUGGCACCUUACCUAAGCUACAAGAACUGAAUUUGGCAGAUAACCAGUUCAGUGGAUCAAUACCCACUUCACUGUCGAAAAAUAACAAUCUGAAAUUAAUAGUGACGGGUAAUCCUAGCUUGUGCACAUCGGGUACGUCGUGCCAGACGGCGAACACACCGGAUUUAGCUGGGAGUCCGGUGACUCGCAAUUCAGGCGGGAAGAAGAGCAGCAAUCUACCAGUAAUACUUGGCAGCACAAUCCCAACCUUCUUUGUUUUCUGGGCUAUUGUUGGUGUUUUGGCCAUAUUGCACCAUAAGAGAAAAACAGCAGCUGUGGCCGCAAUGGGUCCAGGGCAAAAUGGAGGAGCCAAUGGACCUAAUGGCACGACUCAUGGAAUGGGGACCAACGCUAAAAUGGCUGUUAAAAUUGGUGAAGCUCUGGUCCAUGAGUUCAUCAACAUGGAGGAGAAUCAAGGUAAUGUGCAGCUUGCUGAUCAAAUGAAUCCACAGACGCAACAAUCCCAAUAAGAUCGCAGCACUGACCGGUCCAGUCGACGAGUUCCCACGGGCCGAGAAUUGUUCAAUCAUGUGUCUAUAAGAUUAAUGAUUGUAACAUAAACUCGAGACGUUCUCAAUCACGCAUAUAUUAAUUGUUUCUCCCUGUAUUUUGCUUUUAGUUUUGGUAAGCACUAGUCUGCUGAAUACUGUGAAGACAAGAUGGGCGGCUUCUAUUCUAAAAUUAAAGUUGUUUAUGCAUGAUAUUUGCACAAAUUUUGUGCAGUGAUAAGAGCUCCUUGUAGACCUUGCCUAAUUAGACUAGCUAGGUAAUGGACCAAUCCUUUCUUACACAGCAUAGAGAUGAUGAAAUUAAAAAG